AUGUGGUGCAUACUCAAAAGAAAUUAUUGGUACAAUGGUCUCCCAGGCCACCAUCUCUGGCGCCGCGUCCAAAAGCAGCAUCGUGCCAAAUGGCUCCACAAUAAGCUUGACGACCCUCUCGAGGUGCAUUCCUCCCUAAGUGGUAUUCAAAAUCACAAGAAUCGCAAAGAUACUCUUCAUAUUGAGAAACUCGUAAAUUACGUCAUAAAAAAUCCUUUAGCCGAUAUCGCACCACACGCUAUAGCUUACAUGUUCUACCAUUGUGCCAAAAACAACAAAUUGGAUGAAGAUCUCUGGAAAACUCUUGAAUUCCAAGCUCUCAGGUGGUGGACUAACUUCAACGACAGAAUGUUUUAUGGUUGCUUCUAUGGGGUAUUAAGGUCUAAUCAACUGAGGCUCCAAACGGUGGAAAGUCUUCAAAAAGAAUUUAAUCAGAGAUGUCUGCCUACAUUGAAAGGAACACAAUGUUUUGAAUUUAUUGAAGCAAUUUCAUAUAAUAAUAGAACUGAUUAUGACGCUAAAGAUUACAUGAAAGUUCAUUUAAUGCCAAGGCUCUUAGAAACACAGGGCCGUUUAGAUUUUUUAAAUGUGCCGAAGCAGCUUAUGAAUUUAAUAGAUAUGUUAGACAGGAUGAAGUAUUAUGACCCUGAUAUAUGGCAAAUAGUGUACAAGAUGCUAGAUAAAAAAACUUUUUAUGAAAUAAGGAGGUGGAAACUAUUUUAUGAUAAAAUUUUAUAUUUGAGGGAAAGAGGGAUUGAAAAGGAAACUGGGUUUGAUUUUUCGAAAAUAAUAGAAAGAUAUGAAAAUCAAUACAAAAAUACAGCUGACUUCCAGUAUUUCUAUAAUUUAGAAGAAAAAAGAAACUAUACCGUGCAUGAGCUUAUUGAGAGAGCUAAAGACACACCAGCUACAAUGACAUGGCAAGAAGGGGAGAAAUAUAUAAAGCAUAAGCUGCCUAAGUGGUACUUUGAAAAAGAGGAAGAAAGAGAUGAAGAAUUAGAAUUGAUGCUGGAGGAAUAUAAUUUCUUAAAAGACAGAGAAUCAGGAAGGAUCAAAGAAUCAGCAUCAAGUUUAAUUUCUAGAAACUAG